AAUUCAUCAUACAAAUAAAAUGACAACCUCCUGGAGUGAUCGCUUACAGAAUGCAGCAGAUGUGCCUGCUAACAUGGAUAAGCAUGCCUUGAAAAAGUACCGGCGAGAAGCCUAUCACCGGGUGUUUGUGAACCGAAGUUUAGCCAUGGAAAAAAUAAAGUGUUUUGGUUUUGAUAUGGAUUAUACCCUUGCUGGAAAGCCAGUGUAACUCCUUCAAGACUGGAGUGGCACACACUACGUGCAUCUGCCUCAUUGUACAAGUCUCCGGAGUAUGAAUCCCUUGGCUUUGAGCUUACUGUGGAGAGAUUAGUUUCCAUUGGCUAUCCUCAGGAGCUGCUCAGCUUUGCAUAUGAUUCUACAUUCCCUACCAGAGGACUUGUCUUUGACACACUCUAUGGAAAUCUUUUGAAAGUCGAUGCCUAUGGGAACCUCUUGGUUUGUGCACACGGAUUUAACUUCAUAAGAGGACCAGAAACUAGAGAGCAGUAUCCAAAUAAAUUUAUCCAACGAGAUGACACUGAACGGUUUUACAUUCUGAACACACUAUUCAAUCUUCCAGAGACCUACCUGUUGGCCUGCCUAGUAGAUUUUUUUACUAAUUGUCCCAGAUAUACCAGUGAAUUUAGUGCUAGUGAGAGAUGCCACAUUGCCAGCCUGAGAGAUGGACAGCACCAGCAGCUCCAUGCAGGCUCUCACCUCCCACACGGCCCCUCUCCUUGCCAGUGUGCUGCAGCCAUGUUUGGAAGGGACCACUUGUGACUGGGAUUGAAGACGGCAGCAGAGGUGCUAAUUGUGACAACUGAGUGGGAGUUGUGACACAGGAUUUAAAGAUGGGGAUCUCUUCAUGUCCUACCGGAGUAUGUUCCAGGAUGUAAGAGACGCAGUGGACUGGGUCCAUUACAAGGGCUCCCUUAAGGAAAAGACAGUUGAAAAUCUUGAGAAGUAUGUAGUCAAAGAUGGCAAGUUGCCGUUGCUUCUGAGCCGAAUGAAGGAAGUAGGGAAAGUGUUUCUUGCGACUAACAGUGACUAUAAAUACACAGAUAAAAUCAUGACUUACCUGUUUGAUUUCCCACAUGGCCCCAAGCCUGGGAGCUCCCAUCGGCCAUGGCAGUCUUACUUUGAUCUGAUUCUGGUGGAUGCUCGGAAACCACUCUUUUUUGGAGAAGGCACAGUACUGCGUCAGGUGGACACGAAAACUGGAAAACUGAAAAUUGGCACCUACACGGGCCCCCUGCAGCACGGCAUCGUCUACUCAGGAGGUUCGUCUGAUACAAUCUGUGACCUGUUGGGAGCUAAGGGCAAAGAUAUUUUGUAUAUUGGAGAUCACAUUUUUGGAGACAUUCUGAAGUCAAAGAAACGGCAAGGGUGGAGAACUUUCUUGGUGAUUCCUGAGCUUGCACAGGAGCUCCACGUCUGGACUGACAAGAGUUCACUUUUUGAAGAACUUCAGAGCUUGGAUAUUUUCUUGGCUGAACUCUACAAGCACCUGGACAGCAGUAGCAAUGAGCGCCCGGACAUUAGUUCCAUCCAGAGACGGAUUAAGAAAGUAACUCAUGACAUGGACAUGUGCUAUGGGAUGAUGGGAAGCCUGUUCCGUAGUGGCUCCCGGCAGACGCUCUUCGCCAGCCAAGUGAUGCGCUACGCUGACCUCUACGCAGCGUCGUUCAUCAACCUGCUGUACUACCCGUUCAGCUACCUCUUCAGAGCUGCCCAUGUCCUGAUGCCACAUGAAUCAACGGUAGAGCACACACAUGUGGAUAUCAAUGAGAUGGAGUCUCCUCUCGCCACCCGCAACCGCACAUCAGUGGAUUUCAAAGACACUGACUAUAAGCGACACCAGCUUACGAGAUCCAUUAGUGAGAUCAAGCCCCCCAACCUCUUCCCACUGGCUCCCCAGGAGAUUACACACUGCCAUGAUGAAGAUGAUGAUGAAGAAGAGGAAGAGGAAGAAUAAGAAGGCAGACCAAAACCCCUGAGCACCCAUCAAGUCUGACGGACUCACGGGUCAAGGGGUGGCUUUGUUUGGAUUCUGUUAGGGAGGGUGGGAGGACUCCAUCAGAAGUCCUGGAAAGUUUGGAAAGUUUCUGAAGGCUUUAAAUAAUUCUAAUCAUAGCUACUUCAGUUCUGUGUAUCUGUUCUCUGCAGAUGGUUUGAAACUAUAGGAAGAACAGGUAACAUCAGGUGAAGCGCACGCAGAUGGCACCACAUGGCUUGUGAUGGUUUUCUGUGUCUGUUGUCAUCAGCGUGUCAUCUGGAUGCACAAAGGUAGUAAGGGGUUUCAGAGGAGAUCCACAAAUAUUGUAUACAGACUGUACCAUUGCUCCAAACCACACUUGUCAGUGCAUUACAGUGUCGUUUAUCAGGGGAGGAACACAUGCUUUUAUUAUCAAGUGUAGUCAGCCCUCUGUUUCCUUCCGUUAGUUUUUGGGUUUCCUUGGUGGCCGUGGCGAGGCUGCUGCUGUGUUGGCUGGUGCCUUUGUGGAUUUCCUUGCUGUAGGGUGGUUCUAGACUAUGGGGAUUUGAAUUUGAGACAAAAGUCCUCAUCUUUGCUACAUUUUUUAAUCCUUUGGGGAAUGUAGCCGAAGAGUACAAAGGAGCAGGUUGCUAGAACAGUAGCCGCUGUUAGAGCCAGAGCUGCCUUUACCACCGUGGUCUGCAGGAGCAUCCUACUCCCAGCCAGAGAUGGGACAGCUCUCCAGCAGAAGGUACAGACAGAAUCGGUUAGUUCCCCUGACUGUGGGAAUGACCUCUUGCUCUGAGUAAAGCCAGAGUCUGUGAGCACGAAGGCCGCGGCUGCUCUGCAGUGCAGGGCUGUCUGGCACUUGGAACAGUUCACAGCUUCUUGCUUAAACUUUCAGUUGUUUUCUUCCAUUCUUGGCACUGGUCACUAGGGUACUGGCUGCUCUAGAACCCAGUAAAGUGUAUGUCUAAUGCUGACAUUGGCCCUCGUGUAGUACGGCUGUCAGCCGGCAUAGCCACUGCUCUUCACAUGGCUUUAGGGUUGGUGUUCUUUUAAGGGAAAUACAUUUUCAAAAUUGCUAACUAUAUCUGUAUCACUUUAAGUUUUAAAAAACUGCUUAUAUGUACAGUGUUUCAUAGGUAUAUUUUUUUCACUGAGUUUUUAGGCAUUUUUUUUUAAGGCAAAGUUUCUUUAUGUAGCCCUGGCUGUCCUGGGACAUGUUCAGUAUGUAGAUCAGGCUGGCCUUGAACUCACAGAGAUGUGCCUGCCUCUGCCCUCCAAGUGCUGGGAUUAAAGGCGUGUGCCACCAUGCCUGGCUUGUUUUAAAGUAAUCAUUUGAAAGGUAUAGAGCACAGGUCAACAGCUCAGCCGAGGCCUGCAGCUGCACAGCUUUCCCCGGCUUUAGAGUAAGGCAUCCCAUGUGCGAUGCAUUCUGACUGGGAUCUCUGGAACAUAGGCAUGGACAAUUAGUUGUCAUCUCUGAUUUUAAAAUUUAGAGACUAUCCUAGCCACCCUAGUUAAUAAUUAUUCUCAUUAGGAGGAUUACCUAGUUUGACAGUGUUAAGCUUUCUGAAGACCAAAUCGCCUCUGCGUGGCAUGUGACAACUGCAGUGUCACCUUGCAUUAGUGCAAUCCAUAGAGCAGAGGUGGACAUCACUCAGCUUGCUUUCUAUGUUUUAUUGUAUUGUGUGGAUACAACAGCUUGUUACUGGUGAGGUGGCACUGUUGGCUGGCCGGGACAGUGAGCGAACACUUCAAGUGGCUGUGAAGAACACACAGCAGGAGGAACUCCAUGUUGAGUCAGUUUUCUUCAGUCACCAGAAGGAGCUGCUAACGAGCCAGGGCUCUGUGAGAGACCAGCUGGUGACCUCUGCACGCCCCUGUGUGUGCUGGGUGGUCUGGCCAGAGCAGGUGACCGAGCACCGUGACUAGACAUUUCAGAGUGCAAAACAUGAGUUAUCUGUCGCCAGGAAAGUUCUCCACUGUCUUCUCAAGUCUGAAUGAUUUAGAGGACAGAAAUGGCAGCCCUUCCGUCACUCUUGGGAACCUUUCUUAGGGAUUCUGAAAACACUCCUCAGUUUCCAGCCUUUGUAGAGCAUCAGAGCUCAAGAAUCCUUUCUUCAGUGCUAGACUGAGCUCUCAAGACUGGAGUGUGUGGCACUAGGUACCCCAGUGUUCCCAGCCCCACUGGGUCUCACGGCCACAGCCACCACGUCAUGCUCACGUCCACAGAGGCACUCUAGGAAAACACUUGAGUGUCUCAGAAACAUCUGAGGCAGAGAAAAUUCAAUGUUUAUUUUAUACCCAAGAUUUUCUUUUCACCAGUAAGCACAGAUCUACAGAGAUCUGUGGAGUAGGCUAGCCCCCUUCAAGUUGCUCCUUAAAUUUUGUUUAAAAUAGAAACUGAGCUACAAAUCUUUAAGUCAUACUGUGUAUGUGCAGCUACAUUUCAGAUUUAAAAGUAGCUUGUCCCUGUUUAGAUAUUUAUAAAUCAGACUUGUUUGUUUAACAACUUUAAAAUCCUGCAGUUUUUCCAAGGCUUCUUGGGCACUUUUAAAUCCUCUGCUUAUUCACCACAAAUAGCCCGAGAUAAACAACUGCAUAUUAAGUCUGUAUUAGGACAGAGACUUUGCUCACAUUCCAUGUUAUGGAAACUAUUUAACCUCUUUCUGACAGUGGGAAAACGGUGACUAAGAUCCACUCAUUGCCAUUCUGUCAGCAGCCUCCUUCCCCAUGUGGUUUGAGAGUUCGGCCCUCUGUACUUAGUUUCUCAUGGCAUUCUUUCUUGGUGACUGGAAUUAGCUUCUCUUACAGUUUUUCCUCAGAGGUAAUGAUUUCUAAUCAUACACUUGGGAUGACUGAGUCUGGAAUCCUUACCAAAGAUGAAACAAAAGCCUGCACUAUAGUAAGACACAUAGCGUAUCCAUCUACACUCGGGCAUGCCAGUGAGCUGCAUAGAAGGUCCACACACAGCGACAGCCAAAAAGCAGAGCCCGAUGAUUGCAGCCCGCAUUGCCUGCCACACACCUCACUCACAGGGACACAGCGCUUAACCACCCCACUGCUGUCCAGAAAUAGCAGAAAGCGGAUGUAGAAAGAACAUUCAUUUACAAGACACACAGCUUUUCUCCUCAUCGCUUUCCCUUGCUUCUCAACCUAUGGUGACAACAGUGUGAUGAAGAUGUCUGACAAAACAGUAGUUGCAAGAAAUGAAAUGUUGCCAUGUGCCAUACCAGCGAGUCAGUCAACAACAGACCGUGCAUAUUAUGGUGGCCCCAUAAGGUUAUGUUGUCUGCUGAUGCACCUGUGAGAACGCAUGCCGUGCUGCUCCCGUGAGGUCGCCUCGUGACACGUUUUUCAGUACACAUUCCCACUGUGAAAUCAUGUGAUGCAAAACUGUCCACAGUCCCCUAAGCUCCUCUUAGAGCCAAAUCAUGAAACUACACCCGACUCAACUCCAGACACCCGUCUCAGACUUGGACACCACAUGUCUAAGUAAUGGGUAUUUUCCAACUAAAUAAAGUUUCCAGUUUGGAGUCUGGCCUCUUGAGGUUUCUUCCCACGGGGCUUAGUACCCAGACUCCAUCUUGUCACUAGAGUAAGAAAGAGCAGGGAGCUGUUUGACACUCAGCUCUUCCCAGGGAACAUAGGUGAGGCCCAGAGGACUGUACACAUUGUCUCCAUGGAGAUAGCAACUAUCCUUCAAGCCUCAAGUUCAGAGAGUUUACAACCAAACCUUCCCAGUACUGACAAGUUUACUAAAUGGUCAUUCCUUACUGAGAGAGGAGGAAUUGUUUUCCAGGGAGAGGGGCCUUCAAGACAGGGUUUUUCUAUGUAACAAGCCCUGGCUGUUCUGGACUCACUUUGUAAA